AUGCGAGCAAUUGAUAUCAAAGGCGGCAAAGGGCCUCUCUCGGCCCUCUUUAUCAACGAGAACGCCCCCAAACCUGUGGCCACAAGGAACCAAGCACUCGUCAGAAUCCGAGCAUUUGGUCUGAAUCGUAUGGACAUACUCCAACGUGAGGGAAGAUAUGCUGUGCCUCCACAGGCACCAUCAACACUGGGCGUGGAGUUUUCAGGGACGAUCGAAGCCAUCGCCACGGAGCAAGGCAGCUUCAAUCUCGGAGACGAAGUAUUCGGGCUCGCAUAUGGAGGCGCGUACGCUGAAUAUAUUGCCGUGAGCACGCAUACGCUGAUCCACAAACCAAAGAACCUUACCUGGGAAGAAGCGGCCGGAAUUCCCGAAACCUGGUUCACCGCUCUUCAGGCAAUGUAUUUCGUUGGUGGCUACAAACCCGGACAAAGUAUCUUAUGGCAUGCUGGUGCAGGCGGUGUUGCACUUGCUGGCAUCCAACUCGCAAAGGCAGACGGCGCGAGUGCGAUUUACGUAACGACUAGCACGCAGGAAAAGAUUGACUUUUGCAAAUCAGCUGGGGCGACCGAAGGAUUCAACUACAAGAACGGCGACUGGGCGGCAGACUUGUUACAAUACACUAAUGGGAAAGGAGUGGACCUGAUAAUCGACGUCGUCGGUGCAGGAUACUUCAACCAAAAUCUCGAAGCCGUCGCGCAGGAGGGUCACAUCGUCAGCCUGGGCACGUUAGGCGGAGCAGUGAUACAGCAGCCGGUCGACAUCAGUCGGUUCUUGAAGAAGAGGAUAAGGUACGAAGGCAGCACCCUGCGGUCGAGAAAUGAGCAAUAUCAGGGAAAGCUGCGCGAUCGCAUCAUCGAGAUAGCUUUGCCCAAGUUCGUGGAUGGAUCGUUCAAGGUCUACAUUGAGAGAGUGUUCGAUUGGAAGGAUAUUCAAGCGGCUCAUGAGUUGCUGGCUGCGAAUACUACCAAAGGCAAGAUUAUAUGCAUGAUAUCCUGA